AUGACAGAAAUUACUGAAUCUCAUGAUCCUACUCCGACCGACACUGCCAUGGACGAUGGUAUCCAAUCUCAGCUUCCCAUCUUACACAAUGACCCUCGUAUCCACCUAGAACGUCUCGCGGUAUUCCUGGCAUUUAGAGAAGGCUUUGCGCAAGCGUCGAAGGCAACAAGAAUGUCUUUUCACGGCACUAAAAAGAAAUUUGUCGAAAGAAGGCGGGAAUUUUUCGAACAGUUGAUUAGCAAACCAGAGGUUUCAUUGCAGCUGCACCGAAUGAAAAAGAAGAGUAUCAUCGCAGCCGCCGAGUAUCUGUUCAAGACUGCUCGUCUCUUUCCAAAUUCAACAAUGAAUAAACACUUUGCACAUCUCUCUGCAGAACAGAUCAAGAGUGCCGAGUGGAGGGCUUCAGUUUCUCUUCCUCCAUUAAAGAAGAGGAUAGUCGUAAUGGUGGAAUUCGAACCUGUAUCAAGGAGAACUCGGUCGAAUUGUGAGCGCUGUCAAAAUUCAAAAAUAGCUGGUGACGAAUCGCAACUCUCUGCUGAGAUGGAAAAAAUGUGUUUGUGUGCUGGGGGACAUACAUCCACUUUGAAUGGAGGAAAUAGCGGCGCAGACUUGGCAGGAAACGAUGAUGAAGAAAUGGAGAUGAACUAG